AUGCCUCACCUCGCCAACUGGCUCCUGCGCAACGUCAUCACCAGAAGUCCCUUCGACAGCCACAAGAGGAAGCAGUGCUUGCAGUAUCUGAAGACCCUGCGAGCACUGCAGUACGACGGGUUCACGACCGUGUACCUGGGGGAGACGGAGAUCUCUGAAAGUCUGGUCACCGGGGAAGAGCCCGGCCACGGGCACGUCCCGCCGGGCCCCACCUGGUGCAUCGUGCACGCGGGCGGCGGCCAGGGCUGGGUGCCGUGGCGCCACCGGCUGUUCCUGCGGGACGAGCUCUGUGUCCGGCGGGACGACGGCCUGUUCCCGGAGUUCUGCGAGGUGGUGAGGAGGGCCUACGGGAAGUGCGCCAUCGUGGUCAAGGAGAGAAGGCGGCAGGACGCGACCAGGCCGAAGGAAGACAGAGAGCCCGAGGCCGGGGCGGGCGUCCCGGCCGUCAUCCGCCUCGCGAGCAUCGCGUGCUGUCCUGAGGUGGCCAAGUCCUGCGGCCACGAGCUCCUCUCCCUGCCGCCCCCUUCCACCUACCUGACCCCCCUGGACUCGGCCUGGUCCGCUCUGAAGUGGUUCAUCAUCAACAGCAGGAGGGAGUUCUGCCUGCAGUCCAUUGGCGGCAUCUACUCUUACCAGUACAUCCUGCUCGGCGACCUGAUCAGCAGAGGGAUCGACAGGAUCACCCCGAGCAAGUGGAGGGCCCUGGUGGGCAAAGUGAGGAGAUGGGAAAACUACUACCUGGGGAAGGUUUCUUAAGGGGGAGGCCCCGACACAGAGCGGGCCUCGCUACGGCGCCGUCUUCACCACCAGACGCCCCCGGGCUCCCCUGGCCAAGGACGCGACAGCCACCCCCCGGGCAGGCCUCCAGGCACUGGUGCUGAGUCUAUUAAAGCUUCUUGGACCGGCCGGGGUCUCAACCUCCGUGCU